UCUCCCUCUCUCUCGCCCCUCCUCCCAGCACCAACUACCCGUUCGGGAGCUCUCUUCAGUCAGUCCUGGGCGCUUAACUCCCUUCCCCUUCGUUCCUCUCCGGGAGCUCCUGCAGCCCCUCCAAGCCGGAGCUCCGGGACGGGCGGCGGGGGCGCGGAGGAGGACGCUAGGCCGAGGCCGGGAUGAUGGAGGGGACUCCACCUCGGACCGGGCUGAACCGGGGACAGCUACAGUGCCGUAACCUGCAGGAAUUUUUGAGGGGUUUGAGUCCUGGAGUACUAGAUCGACUUUAUGGUCACCCAGCCACCUGCCUGGCUGUCUUUAGGGAGCUCCCAUCCUUAGCUAAGAACUGGGUUAUGCGGAUGUUGUUUCUGGAGCAGCCAUUGCCCCAAGCAGCUGUAGCCCUGUGGGUGAAGAAGGAAUUUAGCAAAGCCCAAGAGGAAAGCACAGGACUGUUGAGUGGUCUCCGUAUCUGGCACACCCAGUUGCUCCCUGGUGGCCUCCAGGGCCUUAUCCUCAACCCUGUCUUCAGACAAAAUCUUCGUGUUGCUCUCCUGGGAGGGGGGAAGGCUUGGUCAGAUGACACAAGUCAACUUGGCCCAGACAAACAUGCCCGGGAUGUGCCAUCACUGGACAAGUAUGCAGAGGAAAGAUGGGAGGUGAUCCUGCACUUCAUGGUUGGCUCCCCGAGUGCGGCCGUCAGCCAGGACCUGGCCCAGCUACUCAGCCAGGCCGGGCUUAUGAAGAGUUCUGAGCCUGGAGAGCCACCCUGUAUUACCUCUGCUGGUUUCCAGUUCUUGCUGUUAGACACACCUGCCCAGCUUUGGUAUUUUAUGCUGCAGUAUCUGCAGACAGCUCAGAGCCGAGGCAUGGACCUGGUUGAGAUCCUGUCCUUCCUCUUCCAGCUCAGCUUCUCUACUCUUGGCAAGGAUUAUUCUGUGGAGGGCAUGAGUGAUUCCCUUCUUAACUUUUUGCAACAUCUACGAGAGUUUGGGCUGGUGUUCCAAAGGAAGAGAAAGUCUCGACGCUAUUAUCCAACCCGAUUGGCCAUCAACUUGUCAUCAGGUGUUACUGGUGCUGGAGGUACUGCUCAUCAGCCGGGCUUCAUCGUUGUGGAAACCAACUACCGGCUGUAUGCCUAUACUGAGUCAGAACUUCAGAUUGCACUCAUUGCCCUCUUCUCUGAGAUGCUCUAUCGAUUCCCCAAUAUGGUGGUAGCCCAGGUCACUCGGGAGAGUGUGCAGCAGGCCAUUGCUAAUGGUAUCACAGCCCAGCAGAUCAUCCACUUCCUGAAGACAAGAGCACAUCCGGUGAUGCUGAAACAGACUCCUGUACUGCCUCCCACCAUCACAGACCAGAUCCGACUCUGGGAGUUGGAGAGAGACCGGCUUCGAUUCUCUGAGGGCGUCCUCUACAACCAGUUCCUGUCCCAGGUGGACUUUGAGCUGCUGCUGUCGCACGCCCGGGAGCUGGGUGUGCUGGUCUUCGAGAACACAGCCAAGCGGCUCAUGGUGGUGACCCCCGCAGGGCACAGUGACGUCAAGCGGUUCUGGAAGAGGCAGAAGCACAACUGCGAGGAAACGGAGGGUGCGGUGCGGCCCGGCCCGGAGCCGAGCGGGGCACGCAGGAAGGCCGGGGGCGGCCGGGCCGGGAGCGCCAUGCCCCUGGCUACCCGGGGAAGGGGUGGUAGCCUCACGCCCACCGCGCUCAGAAUGCCUGGCUUCCGGCGUGGGGCUCCUGGAAGCGCAUGCGCCGUUAUGGGCGCGCUGGAGGGGGCGAGGGCUCUGGGUGCGCACGCGCACCUUCUAGUAUUUGCUUGCAGCCUUCAUCAUUUUCCCAGCCGAGUUCCAUUUCCAAUUUCCGCCUGGCACCCGGGCCGGGAGUGGGCAGGUCUGUUGGGUGGCCAGUCCUGCUCGGGGCCUCUCGGUACCCUCGUGUCCUGUGGACUUCCGGGGGAGGCAGGCCUGAGGCUGUACGGAGCCGACAGAGAAGCGAAGAGAUCCUGGUCCCCUGCCCACCCAGCUUCAAUGUCCCACUUGUCUUUGGCCCCUCUUCGGACCAAGUUUUGGGGACUGAAACACCCCCAGAGUAUCUCCUGGCCCCACUCUUUCUCCACUAAACCCUAUCCUCAUGGACUCUCUGUCCCCCAAAGGAAUCGGGAACAGAAACAGAAACGACUUCGAGAAAAGCAGGGGGCUUUGGAGGCAGAGACAGCAAAGAAGAGCAAGCUACCAACAAGGCCUAGUAAAAGCUGGACUGCUAAAGAGAUAGUAUUGUAUGAAAUCCCUACAGAACCUGGUGAAAAAAAAGAUGUCACAGGACCCUUGCCUCCUACAUACAGUCCCCGAUAUGUUGAGGCUGCCUGGUACCCUUGGUGGGUUCAAGAGGGGUUCUUCAAACCAGAAUAUCAGUCCCAGCUGCCUCAGGCCACGGGGGAGACUUUCUCCAUGUGUAUCCCACCCCCCAAUGUCACUGGCUCCCUGCACCUUGGCCACGCUCUCACUGUGUCCAUACAGGAUGCCCUUGUGCGCUGGCAUAGGAUGCGAGGGGACCAGGUACUGUGGAUCCCAGGUUCAGAUCAUGCUGGCAUUGCUACUCAGGCUGUGGUGGAGAAGCAGCUAUGGAAGGAGCAGGGAAUAAGGAGACAUGAACUGAGCCGAGAGGAUUUUCUAAAGGAAGUAUGGAGGUGGAAGGAAGAAAAGGGUGUUGAGAUCUAUGAGCAGCUACAAGCUUUGGGGGCCUCUUUGGACUGGGAUCGAGAAUGUUUCACCAUGGAUGCUCGUUCGUCAUUGGCAGUGACGGAGGCCUUUGUCCGUCUGUAUGAAGCUGGGCUGUUAUACCGGGACCAGCAGAUUGUCAAUUGGUCAUGUGCUUUGAGGUCAGCCAUCUCAGAUAUUGAAGUAGAGGGAUGGCCCCUGCCUGGCCGAACAGAAUUCUGCCCUCCAGGCUGUCCCUACCCUGUCUCCUUCGGCCUCCUCGUUUCUGUUGCCUUCCCAGUAGAUGGGGACCCUGACACAGAGAUUGUAGUGGGGACUACACGGCCGGAGACUUUACCUGGUGAUGUAGCUGUGGCUGUUCAUCCUGAUGACCCCCGAUACAUACACCUCCAGGGGCGCCAACUCCGUCAUCCACUAAGUGGAAAGCUCCUUCCCCUCAUCACUGACCCUGCAGUCCAACCUGACCUGGGCACAGGUGCAGUGAAAGUGACCCCUGCUCACAGCCUUGUUGAUGCUGAGAUUGGGGCACGACACAAACUGGUCCCUGUGAAUGUCAUUGGAGAGGAUGGGACCAUGGUCUCUCCCUGUGGGGAUUGGCUGCAGGGCCUUCACCGAUUUGUGGCCCGUGAAAAGAUUGUGUCUGCACUUAAGGAACAAGGGCACUUUCGUGGCAUUCGAGACCAUCCUAUGGUACUCCCUAUCUGCAGCCGUUCUGGAGAUGUGGUGGAAUAUCUUCUGAAAAACCAGUGGUUUGUGCGAUGCCAGAAAAUGGGGGAACAAGCUGCCCAGGCUGUGGAAUCAGGGGCCCUGUGUCUUAACCCUCCCUUCCAUCAGAAGAAUUGGCAGCAUUGGUUUUCUAAUAUCAGUGAUUGGUGUGUUUCCCGGCAACUGUGGUGGGGACAUCAGAUCCCAGCCUACCGAGUUGUUGGAAAGGAGGGAGACAGUGAGGAAUGUUGGGUGGUAGGUCGAUCAGAGGCAGAGGCCAGAAAGGCAGCUGCAGAACUCACAGGGAGACCAGAGAAGGAGCUUACUUUGGAGAGGGACCCUGAUGUUUUAGACACCUGGUUCUCAUCUGCACUUUUUCCCUUCUCUACUCUGGGCUGGCCCCAAAAGACUCCAGACUUGGCUCAGUUCUACCCCUUGUCCUUGUUGGAGACAGGCAGUGACCUUCUGAUGUUCUGGGUGGGCCGAAUGGUCAUGCUAGGGACACAGCUCACUGGACAAAUUCCAUUUCCCCAGGUGCUUCUUCACUCCAUGGUUCGGGAUGGGCAGGGCCGCAAGAUGAGCAAAUCUCUGGGGAAUGUGCUCGAUCCCAGGGAUGUUAUCAGAGGGGCAGAGCUACAGGUGCUACAGGAGAAGCUGAAAGAGGGAAACUUGGAUCCCAGGGAGCUACAGAUUGCUGCUGCUGGACAGAGAAAGGAAUUCCCUCAAGGAAUCCCUGAGUGUGGUACGGAUGCCCUGAGGUUCAUCCUGUGUUCUCAUGGAACACAAGGGGAUGACAUAAACCUGUCUGUCUCUGAGGUCCUGAGCUCCCGCCAUUUCUGCAACAAGAUCUGGAAUGCCAUGCGAUUCAUCCUCAGUGCUUUGGGAGACAGAUUUAUACCCCAUCCCACUGAAGAACUGUCUCCCUCAUCUGCCAUGGAUGCCUGGGUCCUCAGCUGCCUGGCCCUCACUGUAGGGGAAUGUGAGCGAGGCUUCCUGGCACAAGAGCUCUCUCUCAUCACUCAUGCUUUGCACCACUUUUGGCUCCAUAAACUCUGUGAUGUUUACUUGGAGUCAGUGAAACCUGUGUUGUCAAGGUCACCCCAAGCCCCUGGACCAUUGCAGACCCUGUACUCCUGUGCAGAUGUUGGGCUUCGUCUCCUUGCCCCACUCAUGCCCUUUCUGGCUGAAGAGCUUUGGCAGCGAUUGCCUCGCCAACCAGAUUGUACGCCAGCUCGAAGCAUCUGUGUUGCCUCCUACCCCAGUGCCCAAAAUCUGGAGCAUUGGUGUCAGCCAGAACUGGAACAGCGAUUUUCUCAGGUUCAAGAGGCUGUGAAAACACUAAGGGGCCUCCGAGCCAUGUACCAGCUCAGCAAGGCCCGGCCCCGAGUGUUAUUGCAAUGUUCAGAGCCCAAAGAGCAGUGUCUCUAUGAAGAGUUCCUGGAGCCACUGGGCACCCUGGCCCAUUGUGGGGCUGUGAGCUUCCUGCCCUACAAUAAGGCAUCCCCCCAAGGCUGGGCCCAGGCCUCACUCAACAGUACCACCCAGGUCUACAUGGAGCUGCAGGGCCUGGUGGACCCUCACCUCCAUCUUCCAGUCCUGCUUGCCAGAAGACAGAAACUCCAGGGACAACUUGAUAGCCUUACAUCCCGGACCCCAGUUGAGGGGAGUGAAAUGAUGCAGAGAGAGCGUAAGGUCUCUUCCCUCCUCUUGGAGCUAUCAAAGUUGGACCAGGCAACCUCUCACCUCCGGCAGCUGAUGGAUACAACUCCUACAAAGUCAUGAAUUCUACCUGUAUGUCCCUUCCCUCUACCAGACCUGUCUCUGGGUAUUGCUGGGUCAGGGUGACCAAGUCCUGGGGGAAUCCUGUGGGACAUUCAUAAUUGUCACAGCCUCCCUCAUCCCCCUGCCUUUUUUGCAUUCUCAGGAGUAAAAUAAUUUAAAAUAUCUUUUUUAAACCAAGGCA